AUGAGCAAUUCAAUAUCAUUUCGUUAUAAUAAUAAUAAUGAUUAUAAUUUAGAUAAUUAUAAUUCAUUUGAGCCAAAAUUUUUAUCACAAUCAGUGCAUUUUAAAGAAAUUCCAACGAAAACAAUACAAAUAACAAAAACAGUUGCAAUUAAAGUUCCAGUUCCUUAUCCAGUCAAGAUACCAGUUCACAUACCAGUUCAUGUUCCAGUGCCACAGAUAGUGAAAGUACCAGAACCUUAUCAAGUGACAAAGUAUCAACAACAAAUUCCAAUGGUUAUGGAUAAACAAGUGUCACAUUUUAAUCCAAUUCUAUACAAAAAUUAUCCUCAAAAUUUUAAAAUUAAUCUUGAAGAGAAAGUGAAAAAUUCAUUUGAUCAACAUGGACAAUAUGAUUAUUCACAUUUGUAUAAAAAUACCGUUAAAAAGGAUGAUGUCAAUGGCUAUAACGAUCAUGUAUCAUCAAGACAUUUUGAUAUUAUUCAUCCUGAUUAUGAUGACCGUAAUAAUUGAUCUAGAUAUUUUUUUUUUACACUUAUUGUUGACAGUAUUUUCUUUUUUAAUUUAAUUUUGUUAUUAUUGUAUUUUUUAUUUAUCCUGUUUUAAUUAAUAAAUUGUUAUGCUGGUUGGUUUUUUAAAUUAGAAAUGUUUCAAUGUUGCUUUAGUUUUUCUUUUAUUUAUUCGAAAUAAAAAGUGAAUGAAUUUUGUGGUUUCGUGGUGGACUAAGAGAUAGAGUUACUAUCGUCGUUUUGAAUAGAAAUCUAUUGGCAAUUUUUAUAUUUAAGAAUUAUAUUUUUAUCUUUGAAAAUUAUAAAUUUUUUUUUAACAUUUGAUCAGUGUUGAAUCAUCGACACAUACUAA